GCCAUUGGAGUAUGGAUUUAGUGAAACGCUGUUGUAUUUCAUCAUCUGUUCUUCACUAGAUCUACUAGAUCAUCUGAGGGAUUUGACUGAAUCAAGAUGCUGCUGAUCAUUGAAGCUCUUCUCAUUUUAGCAGCUCUAGGACAGGAUCACAGCGCUGCUGCAGAACAGAUAUUUCCAUUGGAUAUGGCACCGAAUACAGUUGAUGAUCAAUAUGACGGUUGUAGAGAGAAAAUGGCGAAUCUGGUGAAGACUAAAUAUCUGGAGGACGAAAUGUCUGACUCUGAAUCUGAAUUUACAAUAGCUUGGAAAUAUGCUGAAAAGAAAUACAAGCCACCAGGGGAUAACUUGACAAAGAAUCACUCAAUUGCUAUUUAUGUGUACACAAGCUCCAUUUUAAAGCUAUAUAAGCAUUUCAAUGAUGCUGUUCGCAAUGACAAGAAAAAAUACAAAAACAAAACAUUCGAAUGGUAUUCACUUCACUUUUUGUUAACAGACGCAAUACAGAUUCUGAAGAAAACACAAAAAGGAUGCUAUUCAACUUAUCGUGGUACAAAUGUUAAAUUUAACAAGAAAGUUCUGAACAAUGAGGUUCGUUUCGGCUCAUUUUCUUCUUCCUCUUUGAAUCGUAACAGAACAAGGUUUUUUGGAAAUAAAUCUUGUUUUGUAAUCAAAACUUGUGAAGGUGCUGCUCUGACUAAAUACUCUAAGCUUCCUCGUGAGAAAGAGGUGCUGAUUCCUCCAUAUGAGAAGUUUAAAGUCACUGCUGUCAAGACAAGAAGAGAUCAGAAAGAUCUCUGGUGUGACACUGUGUUCACUUUAAAAAGCACUGGAGCAAGAAGUGACCUGAACUGUGCAGUGGCAUUUAAUAAACCAUAACAAAGUACUACACUAAUAGUACUAUUCUAAAUGUCAUAAUCAUUUGUUAAAAAAA